CGCUCUGCUCUCCAUCAUCGCCACGGUGAUGAUUUUGCCCGUGGCUCACACAAAAAUACAUCCUGAUCAGAAACUAGGUGAAAGUGUUCAGCAGCUGCUUCUAGCAAAAAUUGCAGUCUACUUGAUGACCUUCUUAAUAGUCACAGUGGCAUGGGCAGCUCAUGUAAGGUUGUUUCAGGUGAUAGAGUUUAUAGAUGAUGUCCUCGCUCUUCUAAAUCUGGCUUGUAUGAUGAUCAUAACUUUCUUGCCAUACACAUUUUCCUUAAUGGCCUCCUUUCCAGAGGUACCUUUUGGCAUUUUCCUGUUUAGUGUCUGUGCUGUUGUCAUCGGCCUUAUACAGGCUUUGAUAGUACUGUAUGGAUUCUAUCACCCACACUUACUGAAUCAACAGAUACAAGUUUCUGAAAAUCAGAGUUUCUAUAAACGGCAUAUCUUAAAGAUUAUUCUGAGAGGACCAGUGUUAUGCUUUUUAGCAGCCAUCUUUUCUUUUUUCUUUAUUCCUUUGUCUUACGUACUUCUUGGGCUCGUAAUCGUUUUUCCACAUCUCACUCGGUUCAUUACAUGGUGUAAAACCAAGAUUGUUGGUCAGAGAGAUGAAGAGGAGGAACACCAUAGCUUGGAAAGCUUCGCUUUUUACCGCAGUGAGCCUCUGAGUAAGGAACGGGUAAAAGCAUUCAGUGAUGGAGUCUAUGCUAUUGUAGCAACCCUGCUCAUUUUGGACAUAUGUGAAGACAACGUCCCUGAUCCCAGAGAAGUUGAGGAGAAGUUCCAUGGCAGCCUUCUUGAAGCUUUAAGUGAAUAUGGGCCAAACUACCUUGCCUACUUUGGCUCAUUUGUAACAAUUGGUCUCCUGUGGUUUGUCCAUCACUCACUUUUCCUUUAUCUAACAAAAGCUACACGAUUAAUGGGACUGCUUAACAUAUUUUCAUUGGCUUUCAUUGGUGGGCUUCCACUAGCUUACCAGCUGACCAGUGAAUUUGCAGAGAAGUCUCACAAUGAAAUAGAAGCCAUUCAAGUCAGCUGUGUUAUCACUUUCUUUGCCAGCAUAUUUCAGUUUGCAAUAUGGACUACAGCCCUUCUCCAUGAAAGGGAAACUUUGCAUUCUUUUGCUAGAUAUGGUGGCAAGGAGCAUGCCUUCAUGUUUGCUAAGUUGGCUCUCUACCCUUGUGUAAGCCUUGGGACCUUCUUUCUGACAUGUUUGUUAAGUGAAUUUAGCACAGCAAUUUUCCAUCUUAUGCAGAUUGUAAUCCCAUUUGCUUUUCUUGCCUUGCGCAUUUUUGUUAGAAUUUCUUUAACUGUCGUGAAGUCUGUGAUGUCUCUAUCCAGACGGAAGGUUGUGUUGUUAGAAGAAGAGGAGGCAUGUUUGUCUCCUACUGAAACACUGUCCUAAAUUUCUGCGCAGUGCAUGUGAAGUUAUAACAUUAACUUCAGUUCUUCUAACUCACGUUAUCCUCAUGUGUGGAUUAUAUUGAUCUAAACCAAAGCCUGCGUUGGCCAUAACUGGGGCAUAUUUAAGUUUUACCUGGUCAUGCUUGAGGCCCUUUAUCCAAAACCUGUAAUUGAAAACAUUGGGUAAAUAGGGGAUACAAAGAAAAGCAUGUUCCCCUUCCUUUAGAGAUACCCUCUUGGUAAAAAUGCUGCUUGACAUGUAACUGCAGUGAUGAUUGGUUAAGAAGUGCACAAACAGAUACCCCACGAAAUGGCCUUUUUUCUGAUACAUGGCAGUCAUUAUGGCAGCCACAGACAGGUAUAGAAGCUGGUUUUGCUCCUGCAAGAUGGGGUGUGAGGCUUGGAAGACAUGGAGACCUCUGGAUUUCUGGAUGGUGCACCACGGCAGAACAUUUGUGCAUACAGGUUGCUGGUCUCACUUUUUUUUUUGUUUUUAAUGGUUACAGUGUCUCUUCUGCAUAGUCACAAACUUGUGAUAGCAUUUUGAAAACUACUUGUGUUUGGUUCUGCACUUGUAAUCUGGAGUUGUAAUUGUGACGCAUACACAGUCAGUCUUCCAGGCUACCUGAACACGAGUUCUUCAAAUGAGCGUUCCUGUGGCUAUGUAUCCAAGGUUUGAACUAGCUUUGAUGUCUCCCAGGGAAGAGAGCUGCAGGACUAGAGGUAAAUUUAUUUUCAGUUCUGAAGCAGCUGCUGAUCUGAAAUACAGGUUUGGAUUUCUCAGGCUUUUUGUGACUGUUUUCAUGCCUAUUGAAAGUAAUUCCGAAGGCAUGAUGCUGAUAUUCAGAGAGAGUGUAAGACUUUCCAUAAGUCUUACAUAUGGAAGACUUCCAUAAGAGAGUUCCCCAUCAGGUAAAGGAUUAAGUAGAGGGAAAAGGUAAAGGAGAUGAGUUUUUCCCUAAGUAGAGGCUAAGGGAUCCCACAGAUCUCAGAGUCUCAGCAAGACAGCAAAAGAAGCUAACCCUGUAGAAGUUCCUGUCCAUGGCACGUUGAAGUUUUUUACACUUACGUGCAGUUUGAUAAGCUCUAUGCUUAUCAAACAUUGCCCUGCAGAGACCUGUACAGAAGGAGUGGGGAAAGUCAUCUAGCUUCUGGCUGCCCUGGAAGCCUUUACAUUUCUUUUUGGCAGAGCCAUUAGUUUGUAUCUUGAACUGUCAUAGUGCCUGAUAACUUUCAUGCCGUAUUUAAAGGCAUUUGGGGGAUUUUGUUGUUCGUCUUUAAAAAAUUUCAAAAAUACUGUGACAAAAUAUGCCUGUACUAAUUGUUAGUGAAAAGAAAUUCAGAUAUCUUGUUUCAGUUGAGAUCAGUCUUGAAAGUCUUGUGCUUUUGGUUUCACGCACCUUGGUACCAAUAUAUAUAUAUAUUACGUACUUCUUGUGAGAAGUAUGUUCAGAUGCACGAGGGUUUUUACACCUGGUUGAAGGUAAAUGACUUGCAGUAGGAUUGUGUAUUGCAGGGUAUUUUCUGAUAUUUAAUAAAAUCACUUUUAGUUCUAUAUGGUUUUGUUUCUAAAGUGCAGCAGGCACAUAAUAAGCAGUGAAUAUGUGUAUUUGUAAUAAAUUUCAAUCAGUGAAAAAACAAA